AUGGGACAAGACAAUUCCAAGGGAGCUGCCAGAGCGUCUGGAGAUCCGUUCGCGAAUCGAAGGGACGAUGCCAUCAGCUGCGAAGUGAAAUCGUCAGCUCCUGCAAAGGCCAAGGUCAACAGAAGAGCGAGCGAACCGACCGUGAGCACGCCUCGGAUGUCGUCGAGCAUGGCAAACACUGUCCUCAUCGAUCCUACCUCUCCCUCCAUGCACCAGGCGUCUGCCUUCGGGGAUAUCGAGAGGAUUCAGUUUGAGCUUGACAACGGCUGGCACGUCGACAUGACGGACAGCUACGGGAGAACAGCGCUGCAUCAUGCUGCCUUGAACGGCAACAGCGAGGCCUGUCGCUUCCUCGUCGACAACGGAGCGAGGCUGGAUGCGCGAGCGAGAGAUGGCAAGACGCCUUUCAACUACGCGGCUGAGAACUCUGGAGGUGAUGAUGAGGAGGAGGAGGAAGGGGUGGACGAGGACGAGGACGAGGACGAGGACGAGGACGAGGAGGGGGAGGACGAGGAGGACGAGAGGGAGGAGGAGAGGGAGCAGGACGAGGAGAGGGAGGAGGACAAGGAGGACAAGGAGGACGAGGAGGACGAGGACGAGGACGAGGACGAGGACGAGGACGAGGACGAGGACGAGGAUCUGACGUUUGACAUCUCCGGCAGCGGCAUAGAAGCUCAGGCAACACCAGCUCGAGUGUUCCUCUCUCCCCUUCCUCUAACCUCAAGUUGCCUCAUGUCAACCACAACGAUCGUCCUGCUCAUCAGCGUAUGCAAGCGCCCUUGA